CGAGAAGUAUAGCCGGUACUUCUCUUCAAGGAGAAUUUCAGUGACUAGGCUGCCUGUGGUCCUUCCCGGAAGUUGACUAAAUAUAAAGUGGGCUUCAAGGAUUCUAAAAGUGUUGAGUGACACAUUUGACAUGGCACCAUCACAGACAUUCUUAAGAAUUCCUCUUAUUUUGUUACUGAUCUUUCCUGUAGUCAGUGAUGCAACUAACUCAACUUCUUCCAAAAAUACCACAAAAAGCGCCAGUGAAAGUCAAACAAACGAUGCCGCAAAAUGUUUGAAAAGUUUGAACGAUGUCAAACGUGAAUUGACGUCCACAGUUCCUCCACUGCAUGGAUGGACAACAGACAACUAUAAUAAUAUCUCAAGGGCUUUAUUCCCUGGAGUUAAGCUGCCAUCGCUUUACAUCAAAGUCACGCUACAAUUCAUUGUCAACGAUACAGGCCCGGGUACAGGAAAACUCAGCGACGAAGUCCUAAAGUUCACUUGGAGUCAAAGUUGUAUAUUUGUAUCUAACGUCUGUCUGAAUGCAACGACCGUGUUUUCUUUGGGAACAGUAUAUCCACAAAGAAGAGAGACUGACUUGGCGUUGUCCGUUCACAAAUUGUGUGAAGGAGCUUCCAAGACAAAUGGUUUCAAAAAUGACAACGAAACGUGGAUAUACGCUCUGUUUGGGUUGCAAGACAUUUGUAUCCUUCCAAAUGUUAGUGAUCCACGAGUCAAUACAGCACAAUGUGUCAUACUAGGUCAUUAUGGAGAUAAGGACCAGCCUCUUGUUCRUCCAUCCGAGUGGUACAACUGUAGAGAAGUGUGGAUAUUUUGUAUUUCUAUUUUACUUGCAAUUACUAUUUGUUGGUAUGCAGUAAAUUGGCUUAAUAAGGGAAACAGGGAUCAAUAUAAAAAUACGUUUUUGUGGUCAGUUGUUUGGCUUUUUAUUUUUUCAAUUGUCUUGAUUUCUGUAGAAAUAGCAUUUGUAGCAAAUUGCAAAGRCAGGCAUUCGCAUUCCACAAAAUUCUGUUUUUUAAUAGUUCAUUUUGUUUUCUAUUUUGKCUCAUUUUUGGCUAAUGUUGCAAUCAGCCAUAAAUGUCCUCCAGACGGCAUGUCAGUUAUGGUACCAUGUAUUUAUCAGGUUGCCCAUCAUUUAUUGUGGGUGUUGUGUGCAGGUAUCCCAGCUGAUCCUUCUUGGGCUAUUCCAUUGUUUUUGUGUGAAUGCCUAGUAAUUUUUUCACUUGUUUGUGCAACAUACUUUUUCCAUAAAGCUGCUGAUGCUGAUAAMGCUAAUGAUUCAAGGAAGCUGGUCAUAUGUCAGCUAUCUGUUAGUUAUAUUGCAAUAUGCCUGGCUGUUUUCACAGUGGCAAUUUCAUUUUUUGGCCRCAGUGUUGCUGACAUACCAACAAACAAUAUCUUGGAAAUUAUAAUGGUUGCUGUGUUAGUGUGGGCAAUUAAGAAUUCUGGUCUUGCACCAGGUAACAAUGAUAAURGUCAGGGAAGGCCAGGAAAUGGGGAAGCGAURGAAAUGCGAGAAGGGGAAAGACGGCCAUUUGCUGCAGGGUAAUAUGAAAAUAUCCUAGUCUUGGUUCCACAGUUGUACACACCAUAAACUGCCAAGUAUAUGUGGCAGGUGCAUAGCGUCAUGUAGCCUUGCUUAAGCCUGACACCUACAUGUAGUAGCAAUGCAGAGGAAAAACACAAGUGCAAGACUAUUAAUUGUUGCUUAGAGCAUGGACUACUUCACAUACGUAACUAGUUUAAAUAAUUACAUAAGCACAUUCAUGAACAUCCUUGUUUGCAAACAAGGCAGUAGAGUAAUUUAAACAAUAUU